CACAAAUGGAAACAACAAAUUUAACCACAUAUUACCAAGAUUCCUGGAUUACAUGGGGAGCUAAAACACAAAUGGCCUGGAAUAAACUAUUGGAUUUAACAACUGACGAUCCAAGGAUACUAUGGAAUAUUGGUAGUACAUUAGUGGUAUUGGUUUUUUAUUGGAGUUAUGCAACUGUUUUUACCUUUAUCGAUAUUACAAAUAAACCAUGUUGGAUUUAUAAAUAUAAAAUCCAGCCGGGACAAAAUGAACCAGUGGAUAAGAGAAAAUUAUGGAAGGCCAUUAAACAAAUCCUAUUCAAUCAAUUAGUUGUCACAUUUCUUGGCCUCCAAAUAGGAAAUUUACUUUGUUUUCAAUACAAAACAAUUGACUCCAUACGUCAAUUGCCGUCAAUGAAAACAUUUCUUAUCGAUUUGGCUUUAAUGGCUGUCUUACAGGAGAUUAUAUUCUAUUACGGACAUCGUUUGCUACAUCAUCGUUUGAUUUAUAAAUAUUUCAUAAAAAACAUCAUGAAUGGAAUGCUCCCAUUGCGGUUGUAACUUUCUAUUGUCAUCCUGUGGAAUAUUGUAUAAGUAAUUUGGGACCAAUAGCUUUAAUAUCAGCUAUUGUCAAUACACAUGUUGUGAUUGCCUGGUUCUUUACGAUUUUGGCCAUUUUUAUUUCAAUGACUGUUCAUUCGGGGUUUUAUUUGCCUUUAUAGGUGAUUCGGUGAUGUUUCAUGACUAUCAUCAUUCAAAAUUCAAUUACAAUUUUGGUGCCUUUGGAUGGCUGGAUAAAUUACAUGGUACCUAUAGAGAGACGAAUUUAAG